CCCUUGCAUGAAAACUACUGCCUAGAAAAAAUGGUGCGUGCAACUUCCUCUUUCUGACACUCAGGUCCUAAACUCAGGAGGGUGGUUUGAUAGAUUUUCUCUAGCAUUCAGUCGGGCGCAGUUUUAUUCUCUUUCAGAAGUGCUUUGUUACCGGGCUAUCGGAAGUAUUUUAGUCUAGGUAGGUCACCUUUCCUUUAAAUGGGCCAAGAUAUCAAGGACCGCUUUAUGUUCAAAUGGAAAAGCCUCCUGUCACUUGUCAGUAAUUAUUUAUCAAGCCAGGAACUGUCCGGUUGGGCUCUCUUUGGCUCAGGUCAGUAGUUCAAGGAAUCAUAGACAGAAAGCCUAUUCUGAAAGGAUUUUAGGGAUCAUUAGUCCCAGUCCUCCCCCUUUUCACAUUAUAAGGAAACAGGAUUUGAAGAGUUGUAGCGACUAGACAAAACGGAGAGGGGCAGUACCGGACUCGGAAUCCAUAAAACCAUUGACUCCAAGACCUCCUGGAGCACGUUUCAGAGACUGAAGACCAGCUAAUGUAUCAGAGGUAUCAGGCACGACUUCGGAGUUCUUUCGGAUUAAGACAAGCUCGGUCUGGUUCAGGGCUGCCAAUCCCCUACGGCCUCACCUCUCCCAGGUCCCCGACUACUUUACCUAGCCCCGCCCUCUUCAGGUGGUACCAUCGCUUCCUGGUAGCUCAAUCUCCCUUCCCCCCAAGCGGAACCAAAGUGCUUCCACUCCCAGGUCGGCCGGAUCUUUCUUUCCCAGACUCUUAGCAGCGGUGACUCGGCAGCCGCGUCUAGCGUCAUCAGUGACAGCCCCGACCCUUGCUACGCUUUGCGUCGCUCUGCCUGGAGCAGUCGCCUCCUCCUUGAGGAUGCCAGCCCCCAUCAGAUUGCGGGAGCUGAUCCGGACCAUCCGGACAGCCCGAACCCAAGCUGAAGAACGAGAAAUGAUCCAGAAAGAAUGUGCUGCAAUCCGGUCAUCAUUUAGAGAAGAAGAUAAUACAUACCGGUGUCGGAAUGUGGCUAAAUUACUAUAUAUGCAUAUGCUGGGCUACCCUGCUCACUUUGGACAGUUGGAGUGCCUCAAGCUUAUUGCUUCUCAAAAAUUUACAGACAAACGCAUUGGCUACUUAGGAGCAAUGCUGCUAUUAGAUGAAAGACAAGAUGUCCAUCUUCUCAUGACUAACUGUAUCAAGAAUGAUCUUAAUCAUAGCACUCAGUUUGUGCAGGGACUAGCUCUUUGUACUCUCGGCUGCAUGGGCUCCUCAGAGAUGUGCAGAGAUCUUGCAGGAGAGGUGGAGAAGCUCUUGAAAACCUCUAACUCUUACUUAAGAAAAAAGGCAGCACUGUGUGCUGUUCAUGUCAUCAGGAAAGUUCCUGAACUUAUGGAGAUGUUUUUACCAGCAACAAAAAACUUACUGAAUGAGAAGAACCAUGGUGUCCUUCACACAUCUGUAGUCCUCCUCACAGAGAUGUGUGAGCGAAGCCCAGACAUGCUUGCACAUUUCAGAAAGAAUGAAAAGCUUGUACCCCAAUUAGUUCGUAUUCUAAAGAAUCUCAUCAUGUCCGGAUAUUCCCCAGAACAUGAUGUUUCUGGUAUCAGUGACCCCUUUUUGCAGGUACGAAUUUUGCGGUUAUUAAGAAUUUUAGGACGAAAUGAUGAUGACUCAAGUGAAGCUAUGAAUGAUAUAUUAGCACAGGUUGCCACUAACACAGAGACCAGUAAAAAUGUAGGAAAUGCUAUUCUUUAUGAAACUGUUUUGACUAUCAUGGAUAUUAAAUCAGAGAGCGGAUUGCGAGUUCUAGCCAUAAAUAUCCUGGGUCGUUUCUUAUUGAAUAAUGACAAAAAUAUUAGAUAUGUAGCUCUUACAUCUUUGUUGAAGACUGUGCAGACAGAUCACAAUGCAGUACAGAGGCAUAGAAGCACAAUUGUGGACUGUCUCAAAGAUUUGGAUGUCUCAAUAAAACGGCGUGCAAUGGAAUUGAGUUUUGCCCUAGUAAAUGGGAAUAAUAUCCGAGGCAUGAUGAAGGAGUUACUUUAUUUUUUGGAUUCAUGUGAGCCAGAAUUUAAGGCAGACUGUGCAUCUGGAAUCUUUCUUGCUGCAGAAAAGUAUGCACCUUCCAAACGGUGGCAUAUAGACACAAUUAUGCGUGUUCUGACAACAGCAGGAAGUUAUGUUCGUGAUGAUGCAGUCCCCAAUUUGAUACAGUUAAUAACUAAUAGUGUAGAGAUGCACGCUUAUACUGUCCAGCGCUUGUAUAAAGCAAUUCUUGGUGAUUAUUCUCAACAACCUUUGGUACAAGUGGCUGCAUGGUGUAUAGGUGAAUAUGGUGAUCUUCUUGUAUCUGGCCAAUGUGAAGAGGAAGAACCUAUUCAGGUAACAGAGGAUGAAGUGUUGGAUAUUUUAGAAAGUGUACUAAUCUCUAACAUGUCCACCUCUGUGACACGAGGUUAUGCCCUCACUGCCAUCAUGAAGCUUUCAACUCGAUUCACCUGUACUGUAAACCGAAUUAAAAAAGUGGUUUCCAUCUAUGGAAGCAGCAUUGAUGUGGAGCUCCAGCAGAGGGCAGUAGAAUAUAAUGCACUUUUUAAGAAAUAUGACCACAUGAGGUCAGCUCUACUCGAGAGAAUGCCUGUCAUGGAAAAGGUGACUACAAAUGGCCCUACUGAGAUUGUACAGACAAAUGGAGAGACAGAACCUGCUCCACUAGAAACAAAACCACCACCCUCUGGGCCACAGCCCACCAGCCAGGCCAAUGAUUUAUUGGAUUUGUUGGGAGGAAAUGACAUAACACCUGUUAUUCCAACUGCACCUACAAGCAAACCAGCGUCUGCUGGUGGAGAACUUCUCGAUUUGCUGGGAGACAUCACCCUUACAGGUGCUCCACCUGCUGCUCCUACCCCUGCCUCGGUCCCACAGAUAUCUCAGCCUCCCUUCUUGUUGGAUGGGCUUUCAUCACAGCCUCUCUUCAAUGACAUCACUACAGGCAUCCCCUCCAUCACAGCGUACAGUAAGAAUGGCUUGAAGAUAGAAUUCACCUUUGAACGGUCAAAUACCAACCCCAGUGUAACAGUGAUAACGAUACAGGCCUCUAACAGCACAGAGCUAGACAUGACGGACUUUGUUUUCCAGGCUGCAGUACCAAAGACAUUCCAGCUGCAGCUUCUGUCUCCUAGCAGCAGCAUUGUCCCAGCAUUUAAUACGGGGACCAUCACACAAGUCAUUAAAGUACUGAACCCACAGAAGCAACAGCUGCGAAUGAGGAUCAAGCUUACAUAUAAUCACAAGGGCUCAGCAAUGCAAGAUCUAGCAGAGGUGAACAACUUUCCCCCUCAGUCCUGGCAAUGAGGGUCCACCACCAUUCUCAUUCUUAACCCCACUCAAUCAAAGGAACUCUGGGAAGGAGGUUGUGAUUGCUGGCAAGUUCCCCCAACUGUACCAUGGGCAUGAGGAGCUGAAGAGAACUGUUGAGGAGGAUUUUCCUGAAGUUAUUGCUGACCUUGAAGCAUUGUUUAAGACUACUGUCCUCUCCUCCACUGUUAAGGCUGGCUGCUUCUGGAGGCUAUUUUGCACUCUUCCUUCUCUUCUCCCUUUUCCGCACUUGUCCACCCGUCCCACAUUUGCAGCCAAAAUCAACAUUCCCUGGGCCCCUGAGGCCAAAAGCAGCUGGUCUGGAGGAGAGGACUGGAAUUCAUGGCGAGAAACACUCACUUCAUCUCUGCAGCAGAGUGGCCCCUUCUUUCUACUGUUGUUUCUCUGUGGACUGGGCAUGGUGGGGUAUUUAUUCCUCACGAGCUGGGUUACCAUCUUCAGGCGAUUUUUACAUCUGGGAUUGAGAAUAGAAAUGUAACAAUGAACAUUAGGGAGCCCCGCCUUUUUCUACUGGUUCCCCCAAUAUUUGAAAGAGGCAUUAGGUUCCUGGUAGCCUUUUCCGUGCAUUGCUGUAUACACACAGACACACACAUGUAUGUAUGUAUGUAUGUUUGUUAUCAAGAAAUGGUCAGACCUUGAGAGGUUAUUUGUAAACACUGGACAGAUGCAGUUCAAAAGAGCUUUUGUUGAGAGUUGGCAUGAAGGAUAUGGUGCUCUAUUUGUAAUAGAAACUUCCAGGGCUCUUCCAGCUCCCUUUCUCUCCAUUCUUUAGCUAUAGUCAUGAAUACUGUCCAUGAUUUUCAAAAUUGAUUCCCCUUAAAGUGCAGAGUGGAUACCUCCUAAAAGAUGCAUUAAUAGUUAUUAAAGACCAUACUCCCACCACAAUUUUAAAGCUUUCCCAAGCCCUUCACUUGCCUAUUUGAACUGUGGUAAAUGGGUGGAAAGAGAAGUCCCCCAGUUUUAAAGAACAGACUCCUUAAUGAAAACUUUUGCCCAUAGGAAGAGCAAGACUCAUCCUGGAGCAUAUGGGAGUCAUCUUGUCCAUUACUCCAAACCUCCCUUUUUAUUUCCAAAGCCUGGCUUGGACCUUGGCAUUCCGUUUGAAUUCCUUCUUUUAACUGGAACAUUUGUGUUGUAUCUGUAACACUGGCACUGAAAUAAAGACCACACGGUUAAAGAAAUCUUUCCUAUAUUGUACUUAAUGGUGUUGGAAUGAAGCCUUGUAGCUUCCUUACCCUCUAUGUCAGAGGAAGUCUUAUGUUCACCGUAGGGUAGGAUUAUCCUUUCCUGAGUCUGAGAAAUUGAUCUCUUGAAAGAGACCAAUCUCAUGAAUAUCUAUAUUAAAGACUUGACCUUUUUUUAACUAGUAAGAGUGCCGAGUGCUUUUUAGAAAGGAUCCUUGUGUUACCAAACUUUAAAGUUGGGUUGCUGGAAUGAGGUGGAGCUGACUCCAUGGUACACGUUGGAUGUACUAUGUAUGUUCAAGUAUACAUGCACCAUGUCUGUGUAUAGCAGAAGAAAAAAAAGUGGGGCCCACCUUGCUUUUAAAAUGUUUGCAAUUGUUACUGUAUUGCACAGUAUAAUGACUACUUUGGCUUCAGUCUUAAACCCAGUACAGAUACCCUUUCCCCCUACUCCAUUUCACCACGCCUUUACUUAAAAUCUUCAGUGUCUUGUCAAACCUAGCUCUGUAUCAGAUGCUAGACUAUUCCUAACAUUUGACAAACUGGAGUUGAACUAAAGGCUCCAAAAGGGAAACUUUCUGGUCUUAAUUGUAUAUAAGAGCAAGAUUCUGAAAAAACUUACUCCCUGGCUAAAUGGUUGGCUGAGUCAAGAACAGGAUGUAUCUCCUGUUUACAGUAAGUGUGGACUAGCACACACUUCCGACGACUGCUGUGCCUGUGCAAUGGAAAAUAGCCUUUAAAGGUUUCUUUGUAGACUGAUUUCCUUGGAUGGAUAUUUAAUGCUGUGAAACAUGAUAGGAUUAACACAACGGUGGAUUUUUUGAAUAGAAUUUGUCUUAACAUUCCUCUUUGUGUAGAGGCUUUAUUUUCUCCCUUACAUUUUUAGCUAACCAGCUCAGGUUUUUUUGGUUGACGUGAGUUGAAUCUCUGAAGAAAUCUGCGCAAGACCGUGUUAUAGGACAGUGCUAGCUAAUGGAGCUGGAAAGAGUCUACUCUGCUGACAAAGCGUCUGCUUGGGUGAUCAGAGUUUUGAGAUGCAUCCGUGGCUUUGUCUAGAAGGAAUAAAAUAUCAUGGCCUUAACACAAAGGGUGCUGUGAUAGAAUAUGAGUUGAUUUCAGGACUAAACCUGAGCACCAUACUGAAAGACUAGCAGCCAAAUAACUGCCUAGGAUACUGAUGGUUGUGAAGACUGUUUCAAAUGAUUGGAUCUUUGAAAGCUUCAGCGUGCCUUAGUUUCUAGGAUCAGCAUUAGUUUUCCUCUCACUUGGCCUUGUAGCUAAAAGGAGAAAUCUCUUAAUUUCUGUGAUCACUUGCACAUUUCAGCAAUUCUUUUUCCCAAGUACAACCAUUCAAGGGGGAGCAAAUUCGGAUGGAUUUUACAACUCCAGAGCCAUCGCAAUGAAAGGGUGAUUUCUGUGGCUGUUUAAUAACCGUAGGGUGGUAAGCAGUGAGUCCUCACAUACUUUGAUAAUUUCACAUGCACUUGUACCUCAUCAUUUUCCUUUUCGAGAGUAGUUAGUAGCCUGUCCUCCACCCUCCACCCCCAGUAGUCUUAAGAGAAUUAAUCUAAGUAAUCUCAGCUGUAGGAAGGGUGCUCUCCCUGAGAAGUUUCUCCCACAAAGCUUUGGUGCUGUUACCUUGAGGUGGUUUAGAUAGUCAUGAAAGUUUUACAGUGCGCGUAGAGACCAUCUGUUAAGUUUAAGGUCUUUCUCAUUUAAAGAAACAUUCCUCAGUGUAACAUUUAAGAAGAGUCUUUCCUCUUGCGAGGUUAAAGUUUUGGUUUGUACUCCUUGUCCCACUCACGAAAACAGACUUUUAAAAUUGUCCAGCACUAACAGUUCGAAUAUUUCCAUUUACUGUAUCACAUGUUUUCCAUUUUUAUGUCCUUCUAGAAGAGGUUGGAAGUUAGGGAAUACUACUUUUGAGGUUCAACUUCAUUCUGUUUGGCAUAUAUUUGGGCCAUAAGAACUAGAAAAAAGAACAAGUCUGAAUGUGUAUUUUUUUCCUAGUGAAUGUAUUUUAACCACAGUGUCCUAAGCAGAAUUAGAGAGCAAAAAAUACAUACUCACAAAGUACGUGGUUGGGGAGCAGGUGUGUAUGUUGGUGUAUUCGUGAGUUUGGGAGUGGGGAGGAUCAUUGAAGAGAGAUUGCUCUGCGAGUUCUGAAGUUUAAAACCUUUUUGACCAGCUUUGGCUUGGGAGGAUGGAGCUGCUUCUAGAACUGGAAGUGAAAAACCUUUUCAAGCAAUAGCAAUGUGGGUCCCAUCGACAAAGUUCCAGCACUUGGAACACUUAAACAGAAGGAAAUACUGAAGCAGCUGUCUCAGUUGUUUCAUAAACUUCCAUGAGGCUGAUUCUGGCUUCAAGAUGGAGCAUUGGAGUUUUGUUUUUUUUAAGAACCUGCAUUUGGGCUUUGUGUGUUUUGUUUUUGUUUUUAUUUGGGGACCUCAUGGGAAAGAAUUUCGAACUCUUUCCUUUGUGAACUCCCAUUGUGUUCCUGUAAAGUCCUUUUUCUUUCGUAAUGUUGUAAGUUACAUUUUCAUUAAGCCCCAUCACAUCUUCUUUACUGUAAAAAUAUUAAAAGGCUGUUUCCAAGUGGGACAGCUAAAUGAAGUUCUAAUUAUUGCAGACAUAUUUUUGAGAUGUAAAAAAAUUUAAAAUUAAAUAAGUCUUAGAGGCGAGUGAGGAAUAAAAUGGAUGUAAACAUUUACAUGGGAUGCAUUAGAAAUCUGCUGUGUGUAUUGUCUUUUGGUUGAAACAAAUUAUGAACAGUGACUAAUAAUAAAAAGUCAAUACUCAAUGAUUUAAAA